AUGUCUAACUAAAAUGACCAACAUUCAAACGUAGAGGAACAUAUUCUUAAAUUAUAUGAUAUUCAUGAUUUUAAGGGUAAAGGUGCAUAUGGGAUUGUCUGGAAAGCUACUGAUAAAUAAACAAAACAAUAAGUAGCAUUAAAAAAGGUUAUAACUAUGAGAUUUGAUUUUAGGUGUUUGAUGCAUUUUAAAACUCGACAGAUGCCUAGAGAACAUUUAGAGAAGUGUGUUUUUUAUAAUAAUUAACGGAACAUGAAAAUAUAGUUAAAUUAUUAAAAGUUAUACCAGCAGAAAACUAGAAAGAUUUAUAUAUGGUUUUUGAGUAUAUGGAGACUGAUUUACAUAAAGUGAUUAGGGCAGGAUUACUAAAACCUUUACAUAUGCAGUACAUAAUUUAUUAGUUGUUAAAAUGCUUGAAGUUCAUUCAUUCAGGAGAAUUGAUACAUAGAGAUUUGAAACCGUCAAAUUUAUUGAUAGAUUCGGAUUGCAAAGUGAAAGUUGCAGAUUUCGGAUUGGCUAGAAGUGUGGGAAAAUCAGAAAAUUUGAAUGGUAUUUAUUAAUUAUAUUUAUUAAAUCAGAAUUACCAAUAAUGACUGAGUACGUUGCAACAAGAUGGUACAGAGCACCUGAAAUAUUAUUAGGGUCCCAUUCUUAUUCAAAAUCUGUUGAUAUGUGGAGUGUUGGAUGUAUUCUUGGAGAAAUGAUAUUAGGAAAAGCUAUAUUUUCAGGAGCAUCCACUUUGAAUUAAAUUGAAAAGAUCAUAGAAUUAAUUGGAAGACCAAAAUAAGAAGAUUUAGAACAAAUGAAUGCACCAUUAGCUUCACAAGUUUUAGAUGGAAUAUCAAUGUAAAAACGAAAGAGUUUUGCUGGAUUCUUCCCUAAUGCUACUCCUGAUUUUAUUGAUUUUAUCAGACAAUGUCUUGAUUGGAACCCAUUAAAAAGAAUGAAGAUAGAAGAAGCAUUAAAACAUUAAAUAAUGAUGGAAUUUGCAAAUACAGAAGAAGAGAAAACUUUAAAAUAAAAUAUUAAGAUCCCUUUUAAUGAAAAUAAAAAGUUAACAAUCAAAGAUUAUAGAGAUAAGAUUACCUUAAAUUGUGAACAAAUUCUUUAAGAGAUUCAAUAAAAUAUAUUUGACAAAAACUAACCAAAAUAAUAUAUCACCACUCCUCAAAGUUUUUCAACUUAUAUGUCACAACAUGAUAAUAAGAACAAGCAAAAUGUGUCAACUCAUCAGUUCUCCCAACCUGUUGAAAAGCCCAAGAGAAUAGAUUAAUCUGUUAAAUAUGAGGGAUAAUCUGUUAAAUAUGAGGGAUCAAACGAUAAAACAAACAUAUAAUAAUUUCAAAAGAGAUCAGAUCAUUCUCCUUAACCAAAAUAAACUAUGCCAUCAAAUCCUUAAAACAUUACUUAUGGUUAGCUCCAAUAAAGAUUUUCAUCGAAUUAGAAUCAAUAUCAAAAUAACAAUUCUAGUAUGAAGAAAACAUCCACUCAUAGUAAGGGCACAUGUGAUGUGAGCAAGAGUCCAGAUCUAAAAAAGAAAACAGAAAGUAGCAUAACUAAUGUCACAAAAUCUUAUUCGUUUUAUGGUGAACCCUAUGAUAAAAGAAGCAACAAUUCAAGUUUCAUUACUUAAAAUAAAAGUGAAAACAAACAAAAUACAUCUGCUUGUUAUGCUAGACCUAUCUAAGUUUAAUAGUCAUCUAAUUAUGCCACUGCUCAAAGUUUCUCUUAGUAAAAAGAUUAGUUCAAAAAUAAAGAACCUGUUUUGAUUAAUCAAGCCUAAAGAAGUAAGUCUUUUGAAAAAUCACCUUUGAAUAUCAAUCCAACAAGUCCUUAUCAAAGAUAGAAAACAGAGGCAUCAAAACCAAAAUUUAUUCCUUAAAGUAUUUAAUUAUUUUAAUUUAUAUAGAUAAUCUCACUAACAAUAUUGCCUAAGUUUAGAAGCUAUUAUAAAAAUGUUGUUAAGUUUAAAAUUACUAAUCACACAAAAAGACAACUAGUUUUAUAGAACCACAAAAAUUUUAAGCCCAAUAAACUAUAAAUUUUAACUAUUACGAUGCUAGAAAUACCAAAUUUAUCUGA